AGCGAACCACCGAGAUGCACCUCACUCCUCCGGGGAGCCUAGAGAGGCCCCGGAAAUGCCCGGGAGGGGUGGGCACCGCAGGGAGUCGGGGACGCACUUCCUGCUGGGGCUAUUAGUGGUUUUUGUCACGACUUGGCAGCUUCUGGGAGGGGUAGCUGCGGGUAGGAGGGGGCUGGGCAAGGUGGGGGCUUGUUAGGGACGGGACAGUGGGCAGCCGCUGCUUUGAGGAGAUCAGAUGAACUCCGUGGCUUUUUGCUGGGUUUGCUGUCAUUUCACCUGAAGGCAGAACUCCGGGAAAGUGCGAACUUGCAGGAGAAGGAUGAGUUGGCUCUGGACCGCAAGUCAAGGCAGCGUCGCUGCUCUGCCCCUGAGUGACGGACCUUGGAUAGUGAAAGUGGAGGAAGAUUCACCCGGAGGUGGGGAGUCCAAUCCACUAGGGAACUGUCCGGAUCCCGAAACUUCCCGACGGCAUUUUAGGCGGUUCCGUUAUCAAGAGGUGGCCGGACCCGAAGAGGCGCUGAGCCGACUCAGGGAACUUUGUCGACGGUGGCUGAGGCCCGAGGUGCACUCGAAAGAGCAGAUCCUGGAGCUGCUGGUGCUGGAGCAGUUCCUGACCAUCCUGCCCCAGAAGCUCCAGUCCUGGGUGCGCAAGCACUGCCCGGAGAGCGGGGAGGAGGCUGCCGCCUUGGUUUGGGCUCUACAGAGAGAGCUUGAUGAGACCUCACGCCAGGGGUUGGUGACAGUCCAGGAUGUGGCUGUGUCUCUAACCUGGGAGGAGUGGGAGCGUCUGGGCCCAGCACAGAGGGACCUCUACAGGGAGAGUGCGCCGAAGGAUUAUGGGAACGCAGUCUCGCCAAGUUUGGAAACGAGAAUUGAGAACAAAGGGUUGAUUCUAAAGCAAGAAAUUCUAGAAGAAGUGGAGCCACAAGGGCAGCUACAAGGGUCCCAGGAGAAGGGGCCCCUGUCUUCUGACUGUGGGGUUGCCCAUGAGGACAGGAUAGAAAAGCCAUCAGGCGGCCCCUCAUUGCUGAAACUUGAAAAGCCUCCUGAAGAUCAGGGAGUCACCAGCAUCUCAGAUCUCAAGAGUGCUCCCAGAGAAGAGGGAGACUCCAAAAACAAUGAAUUUGGGACUAGUGCCAAAAGUUCAAACUUUGUUCCUGCUCAGCACAUCCAGACAGCAGAGAGACCCAUUACCGGUGAAUGUGGGAACAAUUGCAAACACAGGUUAGAUACUGUGAAACCUCAUGAAUCUCUUGACAGUGGGGAAAACUGCCAUCAUUCAAGGCUACUUGAGGCCCAGAGGCGGUUCCAUGAAGAAAGACCUUAUAUGUGUGACACCUGUGAGAAGAGUUUCAAACAGCGUUCCGACCUCUUUAAACACCAGAGAACCCACACCGGGGAGAAGCCCUACGGGUGUUCUGUCUGUGGGAAAAGCUUCAGUCAGAGCGCUACCCUCGUUAAACACCAGAGGACUCACACUGGAGAGAAGCCGUACACCUGCUCCAAGUGUGGGGACAGCUUCAGACAGAGCUCAAAUCUCAGUCGGCAUCAGAGAGUCCACAUGGGGGAGAAGCACUACACGUGUCACGAGUGCGGGGAAAUCUGCCGUAUCUCCAACCAUUUUAGACAUCAGAGGACACACCAGGGAGAGAGACCCUACACGUGUGAAGAGUGUGCGAAGAGCUUUAAACGGUGUUCCGACCUCUCCAAACACCAGAGAAUCCACACCGGGGAGAAGCCCUACGAAUGCCAAGAAUGUGGGAAAAGCUUCAGUCAGAGCGCAACCCUUGUUAAACACCAGAGGACACACACAGGUGAGAAGCCGUACAUGUGCCCCAAAUGUGGGGACAGCUUCAGACAGAGCUCACACCUCAACCGGCAUCAGAGAGUCCACAUGGGGGAGAAGCACUACACGUGUCACGAGUGCGGGGAAAUCUGCCGUAUCUCCAACCAUUUUAGACAUCAGAGGACACACCAGGGAGAGAGACCCUACACGUGUGAAGAGUGUGCGAAGAGCUUUAAACGGUGUUCCGACCUCUCCAAACACCAGAGAAUCCACACUGGGGAGAAGCCCUACGAAUGCCAAGAAUGUGGGAAAAGCUUCAGUCAGAGCACAACCCUCGUUAAACACCAGAGAACUCACACUGGAGAGAAGCCUUACAGAUGUCUUGAAUGUGGGGACAGCUUUAGACAGAGUUCACACCUCAUCCGACACCAAAGAAUGCACAGAAAUAAAGCCCCAUCAUUUUGACAUGCUUCUGCAUGAGCUGUUUUGUUUCUCUCUCUCUGUUUCUUCCUUUCCAGAAACUACAUUUUUUGGCUUUUGGAGUAUUUCAGUAAUCGUGGGUCAUACUGCCCUGGGCAUUACACCCAAGAAAGAUUGAGUCCAGCUAGUGUCUAGGGACGCCCUUUGGUAGCGUAUUGCCUUGAAGCAGGACUGUGUGAGUCAGGAGCGCCACCGGCACACACUUUCCAGCAGAGUGAGGGCGGAACCAUGAGAGUUCUGUCCUUUUCACUCUUCUGGAACCUCUGCUUUUGGACCAAAUCUUGCUCCUCCUGUUACUUCCCUGAGAAUGUACUGCAGUCACUUAGAAUUGUCUUUCUACUUAGAUGGUAGAUAUUUUAUACUCCAGAACACUUUGUACAGUUCAGUGCCUACAAGAGGCACUCUAUAUAUUUGACUUCUUUAAAAAUUAAUUUUGGGCUUCCCUGGUGGCGCAGUGGUUGGGAGUCCGCCUGCCGAUGCGGGGAACGUGGGUUCGUGCCCUGGUCCGGGAGGAUCCCGCAUGCCGUGCAGCGGCUGGGCCGGUGGGCUGUGGCCGCUGGGCCUGCGCGUCCGGAGCCUGUGCUCUGCGACGGGACAGGCCACAGCAGUGAGAGGCCCGCGUAACGCAAAAAACAAACAAAAAAUUAAUUUUGCA